AUGGCUGCCCAAGACAGCCAUUCUCAAGCCAUUGCUUGGUUAACAAAUUUCCACAAGGUCAUGGAUGCUAUGGAUGCUAGCAUCGCAAUACCCGCGCUGUUCACCGAAGACAGCACGCUACGUUUCGGCGACAACCCGCCUUGCACCGGCCAUGCCGAGUUGCUCAACUUCUUCAAUAGUCAAUUCCCACUUCUGGAGAGCAUGAAACACAUCAUCAAACAUGUCGACGUGCUGCCUGAUCGAAUCUACCAGGAAGCAGAAAUCCACUACGUGAUUAAGAAUGACCCGGAAAAGAAGGAUAUCGUGGUCAAGGGUAUGGCGGUCUUUGGGAAGAAGCCAGAUGAGGAUAGGCUAAGCUUUUUCGAUGUUUAUCUUGAUUCAUCGCAGAUAAAGGAGAGGGUCGAAGCUGUAUUGAGCGGGAAGGUUUGA